GCUUACAGUAGAGUGUAAUAUCUUCUCAUAUACGUCUAAACUCCGUAAGUUUGAGUUUGGCGCCGAGAGAUGAUUGUUGAUUUGUUGUUACUGUGAGUGGGGUAUUGUAAUUGUUAGGAUGAUCAUUGAGCCAUCAAAGAAUUUAGAUGAUGUGGGGAAACUGUUGUGUGCACCCCAUGAGGGUAAUGACCAUAUUGAAGAUGUUUAUUCUCGGAAGGAAUGCGAUUACAAAAAUUUAUCUGACAGGUUUGCCUAUAAGGCGAAAGACUUCUCGAAGCAGUUUGCUCAUAUUUAUGCCGUCAGACUUGUGCAGAUGCGAUGCAUCAUAGAAAAGCCAGUGCGACAAAAGUGGGGAGACAGUGUACCAAUACGUAAACUGUUCCAGUUGAAACCAGAUGAAGAGGAGUCGUGUGUUGUUAUAGGAACACUUUUCAAACAUCAAGAAUUAAAACCAAGUAUUCUAAGGGAAAUAAGUGAUGAGCUACAACUUGUACCACAGCCAUCACGAACAAAUUAUGUGAGUGAAGAUGAUGAGCUAAUAUUGGAAGAUGAACUGCAGAGGAUCAGAUUAAUUGGCAGUAUCAGCCCCCAUUAUGUUGUUACUGGAGUGGUGUGUGCUGUUUUAGGACACGAAAGUGAGGAUGGAAAAUUUUUAGUGGAAGACUAUUGUUGGCCAGGGCUAGCCUCAUCAGUGGAAAGGCCUUUGUCCAGCACCCCAGCUGAAAAAAGGUUUCUGGUAAUUGUGAGUGGGUUAGGCCUGUCAACUGCAUCAGAUGAAUGUCUUCUGGCUCUUCCUUUUGUGGACUGGCUUGGUGGUCUUCUGGGAGACACUGGAGAACAACAGCGAGUGGCAUCUGCAGUGAGAGUUAUUAUUGCUGGCAAUAGCAUCAGAGAUCGCAAUCCACCACCAGUCCACCAUCUUACAAGCACGAGCAGGAGUGUUGUUGAUGCAGUUGCUGCAACUCGACUUUUUGAUAACUUUCUUGUUCAACUCACAAGCAGUAUUGAAGUGGACCUGAUGCCUGGAGAAUUUGACCCUGCCAAUGUUAUGAUACCACAACAACCAAUGCACUAUUGUAUGCUUCCGCAGGCUUCAUCGUACCAGAGUUUGCAUGGUGUUCCAAAUCCAUAUGAAUGUGAACUUGGAGGCCGACGUAUAUUAGGUACAUCAGGGCAGCCAGUACAUGAUAUAACACGGUACAGUCGUCUUGAAGAUCCACUGACCAUUCUGGAGCAAACUCUGGAAUGGGCUCACCUUGCUCCAACAUGUCCAGACACACUUUCAACUUAUCCGUACUAUGAAGAGGAUCCAUUCAUAAUAUCUGAUUAUCCUGAUAUAUAUUUUGCUGGUAAUCAGCCAUGUUUUCAGACAAAAAUUUAUGAAGGUACAGACAACCAGAAGAUCAGACUUAUUUGCGUACCUCAGUUCUCAAAGAAAUUUACAUGUGCUGUCAUUGAUCUUGCAUCACUUGACUGUUUUCCUGUAACGUUUGGUGGAACAGAUUUUUCAUCUGAAAGUGAAGUAGAUAAAUGAUAAGACUGUAUCGGAAAUAGAUAUGUGAAUGACAUUUGUAUCUAAACAUGUACAUAUGUUCUGCUGAUGUGAAUGUAAUGACUUAUAUUUUAUUAAGGUUUAGAAUAGAAAAUACUGUAAUAAAAUAUUUUCAUCAUUUCU